AUGGUCCUUACUCCGCCGACGGUCUCGAGGCCUUGGUAUGCGUCGUCGACAUUCAUCGUGGCGGCGGCUGUCGCCGUGGUGAUUGCCCUGGUCGCGAUCAUGCUUUUCGCAUUCUUCAGAGUCUCCUCUGGGUCCAGCAGCGCCGUCGCAGUAGCGAACGCCCCGAGGUCGGCUGCGGCGAAGUGUGCCGACUUUCGAUGCUCUGAUGUGCGUGAUCUGAUCCCGGGCGCUUUGGCGGGGUCCUUUCCGGACGCGAGCGACGACCCCACCGCUUUUCGAAUCAUCGACGUGAUCCCCGUCGCCGACCCUAACCCGGCCCAUCUGGAUUCCGCGAGUUGCAAGGUCACCUAUCAACACGGGAACGUUCAGAAGACCCGCCGCAUGUCGUUCGCCCCGAGAGUCGGCGCGUGUGGCUUCGUACUAGACGGGAUGAGCAUGCCCGGCGGAGGAGACUUCUGCGACGACAUAAAGUGCCUCACUCAGACGUCGUCGGGAAGGCCGGUCGACGAUGAUGGCGCCGCUGCUCGGAAGGAGUGGAACGUCCGGCGGUACGCGACCCCGGCGACCGUCUCUUCCCGCCAGUCGGUGAUUUCGAACGCUACGUCGACGACACCUCCGAACGGCAAUCCCACCAUCGUUUCGACCGUCACACCGCCGGCGAUGCCGACCGCCGUCAUCUCGACCCCUCCUCCGCCCGCCGCCCCGGCCCCAUCUUCCGUCGGCAAUCUUUGCGAGCUGCGAUUCAUAGCCCCCAACUGGGGUACCGUGGGGACUGAUGCCAUAGAGACUCAAGUCCGACGCGGCAGAUGGUUAGCUUCCGGUUCGCUGCCGGACGGAACGAUCAUCACCCUCACGCACAUCAAGGAGUGGUCCGUCCCCGAUGGCUUGGCGAACAAGGAUCCGGUUCUGUCCAUGCCGCUCAACUUCGGGGCUGAGGUCACGUACAGAUUCAUCGACCCGAACACGAGGGCGCCGGUGACGGGCUUCGGCAUCGAUGAAUACGCGCUCGGGCUCGGGUUCGUGGGGAUCUCCAUCGCUCUCUUCGUACAGUACGGCAGGUUGAAGAAGCUGGGGGGAACCGACGUCGCGCUGAAAGCCGCGACGCAGCAGGUGAUGUACCUGGCGAUCGCUUCGUUGCUCAUGGGUCUCGUCCUUGCGAUCCUGGGAUUCGCGACCGUCUCCUCGCCCCGGGGAUCCGGGAGCGGAGACGUAGAGGGGGGCAAGACGGAGGCGGACGACGCGAGGAACUACUCCAUCGAUGCGUUCCCCGACUUCGAGGACAGGAUGCUGGCCCAGCAGCUGCAUAAUCUGGACGGCAGGUCCGCGCUCCUCGACUCGCAGAAGGACACCCUCCGCGCCAGGCUGAACGCGGCCAGGCCCAGACCGGCCGCCGCUCCCCUCGAACACGUCUGA